GGCUGGUUCCUCUUUCUGCAGCCCCAGUCUGCUGCCUGCCUGCCUGCCUGCGAGGUGGCUGGGCUACGCUGGGCGGAUGAGAGUUGGAGGAGUGUUGGUCAGUGUUCCAGAGUUGUUGUCGUCGUGUGUGGAUCAGAUGACAGCCGGACCAGACUAAUGCGUGAUGACUCACCCUUGUGGUGUGUCUGGGCAAACACUGCCCCCGCUGGUUCUCCUUGGUACUUCCCCUGGUGAGGAAGCGAAAGGCCCAGUUAGAGCUCCCACUGUAGGGGAAGGGUGGUGGAGAUGACUGGGGGGGGUGGAGGUGACUGGAGAAUCUGGCUGUUGUUUUUCUCCACACUGGAUAUAGCACCAUAUGCCUGGGCAUUGGAAGACUGAGGUGGCGUCCCAAAUAGCACCCUAUUCCUUAUUUAGUGCACUACUUUUCACUUUGACAUGUUGGUCAUUUAGCAAACCCUCUUAUCCACAGCUUAUGGUCAGUAACCAAUCGGGCUCUGGUCAAAAGUACUGCACUAUAUAGGGAAUAGGGUGCAAUUUGGGACCCAGACCGAGUCCACCCCUGGCAGUCAUUGUUGCCAUAACAAGGCCAAUCUAGGUGGAGCAGCCUGCGUGACUCAGCAUAGUGUUUGUUCUAUGUGAAGUAUUAAAGGUGGCUCUUUGACAUUUCCCCCCGUGCGUUUGUGCAUGCGUUUGUAACUGUGUUCCUAUGCGUGCAUGCAAGCAAGUGUAUACGGGAAUAAAUGCCAAAGAGAGCUUCUUGUAAUGGACACUGGCUCGAAGCUGUUAAAGUAUCAGAUGUUAGUUUUGACCGUGUUGCUGUUACUAUUCAUAUCCAGCUUGUCUAAGAUGAAGGCCCAGGUGCCAACUCAUACUGCUGAAAGUCACGUUCAUUGUUUACACACACUUACAGAACAUGAGCAGCAGUUUGCCAGCUGUUUUUUUGUGGGGUUGCUUUGUUAGUCGAGGCAGAGAACUGCUGCUUCUUCCUCUGUAGUCCUUUUUAGGCUUGUUGUGUCGAGGACUCGCAGAGACUUACAGUGGGGGGAAAAAGUAUUUAGUCAGCCACCAAUUGUGCAAGUUCUCCCACUUAAAAAGAUGAGAGAGGCCUGUAAUUUUCAUCAUAGGUACACGUCAACUAUGACAGACAAAAUGAGAAAAGAAAUCCAGAAAAUCACUUUGUAGGAUUUUUUAUGAAUUUAUUUACAAAUUAUGGUGGAAAAUAAGUAUUUUGUCAAUAACAAAAGUUUCUCAAUACUUUGUUAUAUACCCUUUGUUGGCAAUGACACAGGUCAAACGUUUUCUGUAAGUCUUCACAAGGUUUUCACACACUGUUGCUGGUAUUUUGGCCCAUUCCUCCAUGCAGAUCUCCUCUAGAGCAGUGAUAUUUUGGGGCUGUCGCUGGGCAACACAGACUUUCAACUCCCUCCAAAGAUUUUCUAAGGGGUUGAGAUCUGGAGACUGGCUAGGCCACUCCAGGACCUUGAAAUGCUUCUUAUGAAGCCACUCCUUCGUUGCCCGGGAGGUGUGUUUGGGAUCAUUGUCAUGCUGAAAGACCCAGCCACGUUUCAUCUUCAAUGCCCUUGCUGAUGGAAGGAGGUUUUCACUCAAAAUCUCACGAUACAUGGCCCCAUUCAUUCUUUCCUUUACAAGGAUUAGUCGUCCUGGUCCCUUUGCAGAAAAACAGCCCCAAAGCAUGAUGUUUCCACCCCCAUGCUUCACAGUAGGUAUGGUGUUCUUUGGAUGCAACUCAGCAUUCUUUGUCCUCCAAACACGACGAGUUGAGUUUUUACCAAAAAGUUAUAUUUUGGUUUCAUUUGACCAUUCCUCUUCUGGAUCAUCCAAAUGCACUCUAGCAAACUUCAGACGGGCCUGGACAUGUACUGUCUUAAGCAGGGGGACACGUCUGGCACUGCAGGAUUUGAGUCCCUGGCGGCGUAGUGUGUUACUGAUGGUAGGCUUUGUUACUUUGGUCCCAGCUCUCUACAGGUCAUUCACUAGGUCCCCCCGUGUGGUUCUGGGAUUUUUGCUCACCGUUCUUGUGAUCAUUUUCACCCCACGGGGAGAGAUCUUGCGUGGAGCCCCAGAUCGAGGGAGAUUAUCAGUUGUUUUGUAUGUCUUCCAUUUCCUAAUAAUUGCUCCCACAGUUGAUUUCUUCAAACCAAGCUGCUUACCUAUUGCAGAUUCAGUCUUCCCAGCCUGGUGCAGGUCUACAAUUGUGUUUCUGGUGUCCUUUGACAGCUCUUUGGUCUUGGCCAUAGUGGAGUUUGGAGUGUGACUGUUUGAGGUUGUGGACAGGUGUCUUUUAUACUGAUAACAAGUUCAAACAGGUGCUAUUAAUACAGGUAACGAGUGGAGGACAGAGGAGCCUCUUAAAGAAGAACUUACAGGUCUGUGAGAGCCAGAAAUCUUGCUUGUUUGUAGGUGACCAAAUACUUAUUUUCCACCAUAAUUUGCAAAUAAAUUCAUUAGAAAUCCUACAAUGUGAUUUUCUGGAUUUUCUUUUCUCAAUUUGUCUGUCAUAGUUGACGUGUACCUAUGAUGAAAAUUACAGGCCUCUCUCAUCUUUUUAAGUGUGAGAACUUGCACAAUUGGUGGCUGACUAAAUGCCUUUUUCCCCCACUGUAUAAGCCCAAGCAUUUAGUAUGACCUCUGAGUUCGUAUGACUCACGAUAGUUUAUUGAGGAUCCAAAUGAAAUGGCCCAGUGGUGUGUCAGCAGCAGGGGACCCAGCUUUAUGCUUGUCACUAUAACGGUGUUUUGACCAUAGAGGUCCUGCCUGUAUCCUACUGGUGCUUUACCCAUCUCCCUCAGGUUCAUAGGGUCAGAAGUGUGUUUGCUGACUCUUCACUUGUUACUUUGUGUGUGGUCUAGGUGGGUCUAGGAGUGUGUGUUUAGGUGUGUGUGUGUGUUUUAGGUGUGUGUGUGUGUUUAGUUGUGUGCGUGUAUGGCUGUGACGGUCAUGGAAGACGCUCUCCUCCGCUCCUGACUGCAUGUGCUGCUGCAGGGAGGGGGAAGUUGCCUAGACAACUGAGAACUUGUUUGCUACAACACCUUGCUUGUUUCAGCAAGGAGCAACGGUUUCAUCUAGUUGGAGAGUCCAGUCCAUGUUACAGCAGAAACGGACUCAACCGCACGAAUGCCUGGGUGUUCCAUCUUCAGUCAGCCGAAUGCCUGGGUGUUCCAUCUUCAGUCAGCCGAAUGCCUGGGUGUUCCAUCUUCAGUCAGCCGAAUGCCUGGGUGUUCCAUCUUCAGUCAGCCGAAUGCCUGGGUGUUCCAUCUUCAGUCAGCCGAAUGCCUGGGUGUUCCAUCUUCAGUCAGCCGAAUGCCUGGGUGUUCCAUCUUCAGUCAGCCGAAUGCCUGGGUGUUCCAUCUUCAGGCAGCCGAAUGCCUGGGUGUUCCAUCUUCAGUCAGCCGAAUGUCUGGGUGUUCCAUCUUCAGUCAGCCGAAUGCCUGGGUGUUCCAUCUUCAGUCAGCCGAAUGCCUGGGUGUUCCAUCUUCAGUCAGCCGAAUGCCUGGGUGUUCCAUCUUCAGUCAACCGAAUGCCUGGGUGUUCCAUCUUCAGUCAGCCGAAUGCCUGGGUGUUCCAUCUUCAGGCAGCCGAAUGCCUGGGUGUUCCAUCUUCAGGCAGCCGAAUGCCUGGGUGUUCCAUCUUCAGGCAGCCGAAUGCCUGGGUGUUCCAUCUUCAGGCAGCUGUUCAUUCCACACAUGUAUUAUUUAUUUAUGUUUACGGUUAGUUUAUUUUCAUGACGGUCUUCAUCCAUAACCGUCUGUUAAAUUGUACCAGCCCUAUGUGCGUGUGUAGGUGUGUGUUUUGUAGGUGAUGUUGUCUCACUAAUUACCUCUCUCUCUCUCUCUCUCUCUCUCUCUCCCCCCCCCCCCAGUUCUCCCCAUGUCCGUGAGCCGUCGGCUGCGGCUUUGCGGCACCCCUCCCCUGGAGUGGUCUGUCGCUGCAGUUCAGACCCCGUGAUCCCCUCUCCCCCCCCCCCCCCCCCUCCCCCCUCCCUCCCCUCCCCUCCCUCCUCCCUCCCCCGUUCCCCUCCCCCCUCCCCCGUUCCCCUCCUCCCUGCGCAUCGCUGUGCGGGAAGUCAUGAGCAUAGUAAUCGCGCUGGGAGUCACCACACCAGAAACGUCCUACUCAGAUAUGGCUGCUGGAUCAGAGUGAGUACCACGGGCGGGGGGAGGUGUGGGGUGAGGAGGACGCGUAUCCUUCGUCACCUCCUAGAAAUAGACUUGUCAACUAUGGUGAAAGCCUCUCUUUCUCUCUCUCUUGCAUUGUAAAGAGAAACAAGGUGGAAAAACCUUGCACUGAUGCACUCAACCACCCAUUACAUCACAUACUGUAACUGAAUAGUGAUGAUGCCAAGGCUAAAUCAGACAAGUAUUGAAAUAGGAGCCCAACAGUCCAUUGUUCUGCUAAACCCUGUAUGAGGAAAUGUCCCCUGACACCACAGGGAAAUGGACCUGAACCCAGCACUGCUGCUUCACUGUCGGUGAGACCGAUGACUGAGCUUCUAUGGAAUGUAGCUGGAUCAGGCCUCCUUCCCCAUACUCUUCUUCACCCAACCUGACUCAGGGGGAUUUCACUUCACAUGAAAACAAUGAGAAACAGAAAGCAGACACGAUCGACAUUUACAAAAAAAUCUCCCGCCGGGAUGUAAUAUUUUCUUGUUUGAGAUGGAGCGUUCUGACAGUUGAUAGUUUGGCAGUGCUACGUGCACCAGGACUGUAGUUGUUAGGUAAAAGGUUGUUUUCCUCUCCCAUCGAGACCUCUGCUAAAGGGCAACGGGGAGGUGCAUAACAGCCAGGCAUAAUGGUGGCCGACAUUCCAUUUCCCGAAUGGUCAUCAUUCUCCCAGGCUUCCCUUGGCUCUCGGGGGAUGUUUUGGGCUGUGGUGCCAUCUAGUGUACAGAACAGGCCUGGUAGAUUUCACACUUGUUUACAAGCAGGUUAAUGCUGCAACCCUCUAAAAAAGGGCUUUAUUCAGCAGGACACACUAUAGCAGAGCGUUUUGCGAAGAUAAACUAGCAUGUCUUAUUGGACAAGUUUAGGUUGUCCUUCCCUGUUUCAGUCCAUUUGGUGCCUAAUGAAUAUGACCAAGCUUAGCUGCUGUAUAAGUGGUUGAAAAAUGGCUUUCACCGUAUUUAAGCUAAGUGUGUAGUCUUUCUAGAUAAAAUGUUUAUUGUAACUUGUCCCUAUCUCUGGUUGUCUUUCUAUCAUUAACUCCUCUACAUUUCUCCUACUCUCUCACUCGCUCUCUCUCUCUCAGCCCUGAGUCAGUGGAAGCAAGUCCUGCCGUGAACGAGAAAAACUACCCCAACCACAACUGUGGGAGUGCACACCGUUAUGGGUAUCGGGGACUACCAUAUACUGUGAGUACACAGCUCUCUUUCUCUAUCUCUAUGUCUCUGUUCUAUACGUAGAUAUCAACCUUCCAUCUAAUUAUAGGCCAGUCUCUGUUCUAUACGUAGAUAUCAACCUUCCAUCUAAUUAUAGGCCAGUCUCUGUUCUAUACGUAGAUAUCAACCUUCCAUCUAAUUAUAGGCCAGUCUCUGUUCUAUACGUAGAUAUCAACCUUCCAUCUAAUUAUAGGCCAGUCUCUGUUCUAUACGUAGAUAUCAACCUUCCAUCUAAUUAUAGGCCAGUCUCUGUUCUAUACGUAGAUAUCAACCUUCCAUCUAAUUAUAGGCCAGUCUCUGUUCUAUACGUAGAUAUCAACCUUCCAUCUAAUUAUAGGCCAGUCUCUGUUCUAUACUUAGAUAUCAACCUUCCAUCUAAUUAUAGGCCAGUCUCUGUUCUAUACGUAUAUAUCAACCUUCCAUCUAAUUAUAGGCCAGUCUCUGUUCUAUACUUAGAUAUCAACCUUCCAUCUAAUUAUAGGCCAGUCUCUGUUCUAUACUUAGAUAUCAACCUUCCAUCUAAUUAUAGGCCAGUCUCUGUUCUAUACGUAGAUAUCAACCUUCCAUCUAAUUAUAGGCCAGUCUCUGUUCUAUACGUAGAUAUCAACCUUCCAUCUAAUUAUAGGCCAGUCUCUGUUCUAUACGUAGAUAUCAACCUUCCAUCUAAUUAUAGGCCAGUCUCUGUUCUAUACGUAGAUAUCAACCUUCCAUCUAAUUAUAGGCCAGUCUCUGUUCUAUACGUAGAUAUCAACCUUCCAUCUAAUUAUAGGCCAGACUCUGUUCUAUACGUAGAUAUCAACCUUCCAUCUAAUUAUAGGCCAGUCUCUGUUCUAUACUUAGAUAUCAACCUUCCAUCUAAUUAUAGGCCAGUCUCUGUUCUAUACUUAGAUAUCAACCUUCCAUCUAAUUAUAGGCCAGUCUCUGUUCUAUACGUAGAUAUCAACCUUCCAUCUAAUUAUAGGCCAGUCUCUGUUCUAUACGUAUAUAUCAACCUUCCAUCUAAUUAUAGGCCAGUCUCUGUUCUAUACUUAGAUAUCAACCUUCCAUCUAAUUAUAGGCCAGUCUCUGUUCUAUACUUAGAUAUCAACCUUCCAUCUAAUUAUAGGCCAGUCUCUGUUCUAUACUUAGAUAUCAACCUUCCAUCUAAUUAUAGGCCAGUCUCUGUUCUAUACUUAGAUAUCAACCUUCCAUCUAAUUAUAGGCCAGUCUCUGUUCUAUACGUAGAUAUCAACCUUCCAUCUAAUUAUAGGCCAGUCUCUGUUCUAUACUUAGAUAUCAACCUUCCAUCUAAUUAUAGGCCAGUCUCUGUUCUAUACGUAGAUAUCAACCUUCCAUCUAAUUAUAGGCCAGACUCUGUUCUAUACGUAGAUAUCAACCUUCAAUCUAAUUAUAGGCCAGUCUCUGUUCUAUACGUAGAUAUCAACCUUCCAUCUAAUUAUAGGCCAGUCUCUGUUCUAUACUUAGAUAUCAACCUUCCAUCUAAUUAUAGGCCAGUCUCUGUUCUAUACGUAGAUAUCAACCUUUUAUGUAAUUAUAGGCCAGUCUCUAUUAUAUACUUAGUUAUCAAUAUUUCGGUCAAGUCCUAUUUAUAUAAGAUGUCCCUUGUGGACUUUUUGCAGAAAACUAAAUGAAUUAGUCAGUGUGAGAGCAUGUAAAGCCAGUACUGUUGCAUGUGAAAUCUUACGUCAGAGAGGAAGGAUUAUCCCUCACAACAGGGCAAGUCGACAAACCAAACCAAAUAAAGUCAGCUCAAUGUUGGAACUCUCUAAAGCUGCUUGACACGUUCACACUGCGCCGCCUUGUGUUUCCAGCUAAAAGGUUGUAUUGUCACGUACCAUUUGGUUUGUCCUCAUUUUCAUUCGUCUUCCAUUUUCCGUUUCCUCUUCCUGAACGCCCGUUGUUUGAAGAUGCAACAGUCUUCCGUUGUGUGUUGUCAGGAUCACAACUAUGGUGCACCCCCUCCGCCCACCCCACCCGCCUCCCCGCUCUCCCAAACCAUCAUUCCCCGCAUGGAGCUCAAUGGCGUGGCGCGCGGCCCCGCCUCCCGCUACCAUGACAACGCCACCAAUGGCGGCCAGGAGGAGAACUCGGCCGACAGCGACAGCUCGUCGGAGGAGGACGGGGCUGUGGCCAGCUGGUGCCACUGCAGCCUGACGCAGGACGGCUUCCUCAUCAAGUGCGAGAGCUGCAGGUGAGAGAACGCCUUCCCGAGUACACUCUGUUGAUGUGUAGAAGUGCCGGGUGAUUUUAUACAUGUUGGCUGUAUUUGUGUGUCACCAAUUCUAUUUGUCUUGCAUGAGUACACAGACAUAGUAUAAGUCAUAUAUUGAUAUAGAAGAUCUGCAAUUUCCUGGAUGUAAUAUUCUUAUUUCUGUGAUUUCAGGGGGCUGGACAGGAGGAAAGGACUGUACGGCCAACGCAGGAAACCAGAAAAUGUAUCAGGUAUUGUGAAGGGUACUUGACACAGACUGCAUAACAUACAUCUCAAUGUCUGUCUUCCAAGUAUGGAACAUGCAUACAGCCACAACAUUAAUGCUUUGGCAGUACGUACAUACAUUUAGCCAAUUGGCCUCAACUUAACAUUUUACAUUUACAUUUUAGUCAUUUAGCAGACGCUCUUAUCCAGAGUGACUUACAUGAGCAAUUAGGGUUAAGUGCCUUGCUCAAGGGUACAUCGUCAGAUUUUUCACCUAGUCGGCUCAGGGAUUAGAACCAGCGACCUUUCGGUUACUGGCACAACGCUCUUAACCACUAAGCUACCUGCCGCCCCGUAACCUCAUGUAAACUCCAUGGGCCAGUUUUCCUGGACACAGAUUAAGCGUAGUCCUGGACUAAAAAGCUCAAAAGAAAAUCUCUAUUGAAAUAGCUUAUCAAAUCAAAUCAAAUCAAGUCACAUUUUAUUUGCCACAUGUGCCGAAUACAACAGGUGUACCUUACAGUGAAAUGCUUACUUACAAGCCCUUAACACUUUUUUUUCUUAAAACUGCAUUGUUGGUUAAGUAAAAAAUCAAAUAAUUAUAGAGCAGCAGUGAAAUAAAAUAACAGUAGGGAGGUUAUAUACAGGGGGUACCGGUACAGAGUCAGUGUGCGGGGGCACCGGUUAGUUGAGGUAAUAUGUACAUGUGGGUAGAGUGGGGGGGGGGGGCAGUGCAAAUAGUCCGGAUAGCCAUGAUUAGCUGUUCAGGAGUCUUGGGGGUAGAAGCUGUUAAGAAGCCUUUUGGACCUAGAAUUGGCGCUCCGGUACCGCUUGCCGUGCGGUAGCAGAGAGAACAGUCUAUGACUAGGGUGGCUGGAGUCUUUGACAAUUUUGAGGGCCUUCCUCUGACACCACCUGGUAUAGAGGUCCUGGAUGGCAGGAAGCUUGGCCCCAGUGAUAUACUGGGCCGUACGCACUACCCUCUGUAGUGCCUUGCGGUCAGAGGCUGAGCAGUUGCCAUACCAGGCAGUGAUGCAACCAGUCAGGAUGCUCUCGAUGGUGCGGCUGUAUAACUUUUUGAGGAUCUGGGGACCCAUGCCAAAUCUUUUCAGUCUCCUGAAGGGGAAUAGGCUUUGUCGUGCCCUCUUCAUGACUGUCUUGGUGUGUUCAGUCCAGGACCAGGUUUAAUAUUAGUCCAGGAAACCAAGCCCUUUACUGUUGGUGGACCCAGGUGGAUAGGAAGUUUGCUGCGUACCUGCGCAUGCUCAAGUCCAUCUCUUCUUGUAUUUCCAGUGGGCGAGAGCAGUGCCACGGAGAGCGGCGACGAGGAGGUGUCGCCCGCCACAGUGUCCUACACGGCAACGCAACACACGCCCACCAGCAUCACGCUCACUGUCAACCGCGUCAAGCGGAACAAGUCCAAGAAGAGGAAGAAGAGCACGGAGAAGGCCCGCGGAGUGCCCAAGGCCAAGAAGAUCAAGGUAGGGACCAGGAAGUGAGGACACAUCCCUAAAAUGAGCUCAAUUAGCACUGCAAAGAGUCCCAUGUGUGCGCUAAAUGCGAGGCAUGCCAGGCAAAAGUGCUGAAUGUAGUGAUAGUGGAAGGUGCCAGCCGCCAGGUGGGCUAAAUGCAGGGGUAGAGUGUCCUAGCUAAAGACUGCGAUAGUGUGGGGAAAAUUGCCAAAUGUCACGUGAGCAAAGUUGGAAAAGGGGCUGAGUGUGCCAAUGCAGAACUCGCUGGUAGUAAGAGGACCAAGAUGGCAGAGUUUCCUGUUUAACUAGCUGAGAAGGCUGAAUAUUAGGGGUGUGCCGAUCUGGCCGUACGCAUAUUCGUAAUCGUAUGUGUAAUGAUACUCGUGAUCAGAUUUAAAAAAAAAAAAAAAUUUAUAUGCCUAAGUAGAUCUCCCUGCACGUUUAUAGACCAAAAAAGCUGCAGAUUAGGAGCAGCGCACGGAGGGGUGUGUGUCCUCAACUUGCAGCGGGAAGACAAGUUUGCUGUGGACGGAGAAAUACAGCUUCGCUCUAUCCAAUCGGAGCACUAGGGUCAACGUACAGCCCGCCCGCCCUUUUUACAGACAGGCAAACUAGCCAGUUGAGUUAUUUAGACCAUGUAGCACCUCACAUUGAACAUUUUUUUUUUUGAUCACAGGUAAUUACAAAGUAAAAAUCGUAUCAGGAAAAUGUCCCAUAUCUGUUUUUUGUCGGACUACUUGGCACACCCCUAUUGAAUAUGCCUAUUAUAGACCUCUAGAGGCCAAGAGAGGAGUUGCACUCUUUUUCUAGAAGCAAAAAUAGUUAUUUUUGGUACAUUAUUUAGAUUAAACUCUGAAAUGUCUAAACGUUGAAUACAGACUCUCUUAAACUUUGUGUAAAUGUUUUAAGUAGACUGAAACUUUAUGUAAAAGUUGAGUGGACUCUGAAACGUUGUCUGAAGGUUGUGAGUAGGAGACUCUCUAAACGUUGUGAGUAAACAACACUGUCUGUCUUUACAGGCCUUCAGAGAGGGUUCUAGAAAAUCCAUGAGGAUGAAGGUAAGAUUAAUGAAAAUCCUGAGGAUCUUCUGUUUAGUUAUAUAUCAAUGUAUACUACUACACAUUUCAACUUCACAGCAUUAGUGUAUACGGUGAAGAAAGACCAAAUGUUGUCAUCAGUGCCACUUUGUGUCGCACCAGGAAUCCAUUGUGACCUAUGUUCCAUUGAGCAUAACACAAAGACACCCAUAACCUUAUUAUGAUACGGUGCAGGUGAUCUAGAGCACAGUGCAUUACCCAGCCUCCCACCCAUGAUAACCCAUGCAUCUCUAAGCACUUUCACAUAGUAUGGCUCCAAAGCAAGAAGAAACACAUGUUGUAGACCUGAAAUAAGUUCAUUUAUUUUUAACACGACACGGCUCUGAAGGAAAAACUCUCCUCCCACCCUCCCCCAGAACUCCACCACGGAGGCCAGCGCGGUGGACGAGACUACAGCGGAGGGCUGGGAGAGCCGCAUCCGCCAGUGGACGGACCAGUACGAGGAGGCUACAGCCAACCAGUACAGCGCUGACAUCCAGACACUGCUCCAGCUGCACCGUGCCGUUACCGCCGAGGGCGUGGUGAGUGAGACAACCUCACCGGCCCAGGUCAACGCCUCGGCGGACACCAUGGACACAAUUAACCGCACAGAGCUGGCGUGCAACAAUACGGUGCUGGGCUCUCAGAUGCAGUUACAGCUGGCGCGGGUGACGCGCAUGCAGAACCACAGGAAGAUCCUGCGGGCGGCAAGGGAUCUAGAGCCAGAUACCCUGAUCAUCGAGUACCGGGGCAAGGUCAUGCUGAAACAGCAGUUUGAGGUCAACGGACACUUCUUCAAAAAGUAUGCAAUCUCUGAAAUAAGGUGAAAUAUUCAUACGCUGUGGAGGAAUUGUGUUAAACUGCACCAGUGUUUUAAAAAUGUUUUAUGGAGGAAAUGUAGGCUGUAUUCAGAAUAAACAUACUAGCACUGUAAAAUAUUAUGCAAAAAUGGCAAGUUUGACAUUAUUUUGACUUUUGUUUUAGGCCCUACCCCUUCGUGCUGUUCUACUCCAAAUUCAACGAGGUGGAGAUGUGCGUGGACGCGCGGACGUUUGGGAAUGAUGCACGCUUCAUCCGGAGGUCCUGUACGCCCAACGCAGAGGUCAGCCAUCUUGGUUUUGUUAGUUUGUUUUCUUCAAGAAAGGCAUUGGAUGCAUCUCAAUCGUCUCCCUCUCCUCAUCUCCGGUCCUUAGUUCACAGCACUCAUUUGAAGUCUCAGGUCAGGUGAAUUUAGGUCAGUCAAUCAAUCAAAUGUAUUUAAAAAGGCCGUUUUUUACAUCAGCAGAUGUCACAAAGUGCUGUACAGCAAACCCCAAAACCCAGCCUAAACCCAGCCUAAAACCCCAAACAGCAAGCAAUGCAGAUGUAGGUCUCACCUGCCCAGAUCUCUGACGUCAGUGUAGAUUAAGGAAAGGAGAUUAGGAGAGCAGGCCACUUAAGACUAUUGAGACGCACCCUUCUAGAGGGAAAUGGAUACAGUUAUGUUUCCAUCUCCUUGAUAGAAGACUAGCCUUCUGUUUCCUCUCCAGGUUCGGCAUAUGAUCGCCGAGGGCAUGAUCCACCUCUGUGUCUACGCUGUCACGCAAAUCACCAGGGACGCCGAGGUCACCAUCAGCUUUGACUACGAGUUCAAUAGCUGGUCAGUAUCAAUGAAUCAGUGGUAUCUAUAAAAGCCUUUUUUACAUCAGCAGUUGUAACAAAUGGCACAAAAGACUGUUUCUCUCGCCUGUGUCUCGACCCUACAGCAGCAUCUUUGGGGUUCAGAAAAGUGUGAUGAAAAUCCUAUGUAUUAUCAUUAUUACAGUAACUAUAAGGUGGACUGCGCCUGCCACAAGGGCAACCAGCAGAACUGCCCUGUGCAGAAGCAUAAUCUGAACCCGCGCGAGACCCUACUCUGCCCCGGCACGGGGUUGCUGCCUCCGCCCUCCCAGCUCCCGGGGCACACUGGGGCGGAGACGCGGCGGCGGAAGGCCCGGAGAAGAGAGAUGGAAGGGCCGGGCGGGAUGUCGGACGACAGUAACCAGCCGCCCGAGGAGAGUGGCGAGGUCCGGGAGACUCUGCAGGGCAACGCCAGCCUGGGCAACAGUGAUAUCGAGGUGUGUGUGAAUCUUGGUGCAAAGACACGUGUGUGUGUGUGUGUAAGUGUACAGUUAACGUUGAGGUGUGUGUGUGUGGCAGUUUGUAAUGGAAUGUGGUGCUGUCCCACUAAGACACACUGGUGUGUGUGCACUGUGCAAUUAAAAUGUACGACAUUUAACAUUCAGAAAGUAAUGUGUCUGUGCAUGUGUGUUGCAGGAGGGACUCCUCAAGCAGGAGGAAGGAGAGGAGGGCGAGCUGGAAGAGAACGGAGUCCUCAUCUCCAGUAGACAGGUAUGUGCUGCCUACAUCACCGCUCUGACAUCAUUUCCUGUCACACUGACCAACCCACUGUAAUAUUAUGGAAUUGUAGUAUUAGUCUUCAGUUCGUAAUCCACCCUCUCUGUCGCUGUAGAAGAGGACAUCUACCACAGGGGGCAUAGAUCAGGCCAAACAUGAGAGCCUGGAGUCCGAGGAGUGGAGCAGAGGCAACCCCACGGGGGGCAUCCAAGCAGGGGUGGGGAUAAGCACCCGCCGUGCAACCUACGCCACUGUGAGUCGGACUUUCCUCCCCCCUUAGCGCCACAUUCUCUUUUUCAACUUUAUGUUCAAUUUCAAUAUUUAUCCCCUAACAGAAUCUCCCUCUCGGUCUCCAGGAACCCUCCUCAGCAGCCGACGCAGACAAGGCCCAGGCGUCUGCCGCUCCCCUCCCGGAACCCCUCGCACCCCCCAAGCCUCCCCCGGCCCGCUCCUCCAAGCCCCGGCCUAAGAGCCGUAUCUCGCGCUACCGCUCCAGCUCGUCGCAGCGCGCCCGGCGCCAGCGGCAGGCCCUGGCCCAGCAGCAGGCGGCCCUGGAGCAGGGGGCGUCGGCUGAGGUGCAGGAAAGCCCCCUGAGGGCCUCCGGUUCAGAGCUGGGGCUGGUGGACGGAGCACUGGGAGCCGGGCAGGUCUUAGACGGAGAAGGCCUGAGUGCUCUGAACAAGGGCAUCCUGCGCAGCCUGCCCAAGACCAAGAAGGUGAGCGGGAUGGGUCUGGCUUCCAACCACCUUUUUGGGGAUUUAAUCAUCAUUAUUUAUUGAACCAGGAUAACUCUUUUGAGGUUAAGAACCUAUUUUUCCUUGCUGAAUUACAGAUUUAUAGGCUAAUAUCAAAACAAUACAAAUGUCAUACAAAAACUUGACAAUUUGUCACUAAAAAGUCUCCCCCCACCCUCUAGUAUCUGGUGACAGAGUGGCUGAACGACAAGGUGCUGGACAAGGUGGCCCAGCAGGAGGUGCCCACAGUGGAGCGGCAGCUGCGCAUCACCACCGACCCCACAGUGCUGGCCACCACACUCAACAUGCUGCCGGGGCUGGCGGCCUCGCCACUCAUCUGCACAGCGCCCAAGCACUACGUGCGCUUCGGCUCGCCCUUCAACCCCGAGCGCCGGCGCCGGCCCGUCAGCGUGGACGCCAGCUACGGCUCCUUCAAGAAGGUACCAGUGGAGAGAGAAAGAGGGGAGAGUUGUGGGGUUUGGGUUCAAUGGAGAAUAGGGGUAGAUGGGAAAUGUAGUGUGAUAUGUAGCAGGUGCUCGAGAAGGAAGGGGCUGAUGGAAGUGGAUGCAUCCAAAUAAUCUCUCCUGUCCACUAAAGUGUGCACUUGUUCACUUCCCUAUAUAAAUUAGAUAGAUUGUUGGUAUAUUGUCUCAGGCCUACAUCUGUUUGUAUCUAUCCUAUGUUCAGAGAUGGAUCCAACAAGCCCAGGACGAGAGCGGGCUUUGCUCGGGGGGCCUGGAGGACGGCACCGAGUCCACCUCCUCUCACCAAAGUAACAGCAGCAGCUCCACCCCCAACCCUUUCAAAGCCGGUAUCUACCACUUUUUACUCUGUUCACUGUCUACUAACAAGUCUAGUAGUGUUUCUAAUCUAGUAUAGACCUGGUUUCAAAUACUGUCCGAAAUCUUUCAAAUACAUUGAGAAUUCGCUUUAGGCUGGGUUUGCACUUUUGGGACUUUUCUAUUGGUUCCAUCUUUCAAAUACAUUAAGCAUUCGCUUUAGCCUGCCAGGUGGGCUGGGUUUGCACUUUUGGGACUUUUCUAUUGGUUCCACUACAACAGGCAAGCUCAAUCAAGCACAGCUACAAUAUUUGAAAGGAUUUAAAAUAGUUUUUUGAACACAGGUCUGGUAUAGUAGUCUUGAAGUUGGAGGUUAUGCCAAUAUGAUCUAAUAAUAAAUGUUAAUUCAACAUUGGUUAUUAAUCUAUUGUUUUACCUACUUUGUCCUAAUUAGUCAACCACGCACAUCAUCUAAUUUUUAAUGAACCUAACCCCAAAUGAAGAUCCUUUUAAUCAUCGGCAUAUGCUGACACCUGUCACAGCAGAUAAUCAAACGCUGUUGCUUUCUUUCCGCUCGCGCUAAAAAGAACUGGCGGCACCCCCCAAGAAGCGGUGGUCCAUCUACGGCCCGGAGGCGGCUCCACCGCUGCCCGGCUCAGAAGAACACAGUCUGCUUCUGCGGCCCCUGUUGCCCAUCACGCCCCCACUGCCCUCAGACCACCCCGUGCUCAGCCCUGCCUCCUACGCCGGCGCCGCGAUGCUAGGUCGCUACGGCGACGAGGAGCACCGGCUGUCCAAUGGCUACUCACCGCUGCCCUCGCUGCCCACCAGCCGCUGCAACACGCCACUGCAGUUUGAGGUACCGGGGACACGGAGAACACCCCUAGAAAACACACACACAAAUAUGACAUACUGAAAUACACACACACACACAUACAAAACCACACACAGUCGAUGGGCCACAAGAACAUGAAACUUCAGCAUUGUGAACUACAGUGCAUAUGCAUGGUUGUUUUCACUGUACUACCUAUCUGUUUGUAGUGGUGUUUUACGUCUCUCUCCCCCUCUCCUACCCAUCCAGAACAUAUCGUCUCCAGAGGCCUCUCCUGUGCACAGGCCGGGGUCCAUCUCUCCAGAGGUAGGCACCCACAGACCCAGAUCAGCUGUUAGAGCACUGAAGCCAGGGCUAGAUGGUAUUCGCUUUAGUCUCACGGGACAGGGAACACAGGGUCCGGUGAGGGCAGUUUUGUGUUGCAGGGUUUAUCUUGUAACUCUGUUCUCCUCCUCUGCUCCACCUAUAGCCGUGCCUCCGGCCAGACUUUGACGCCCAGCGCUGCGCCCUGCAGUUUCCCGACCUCUCCCUCUCCUCGGGCCUGGAGAGCCCUGUGCCCGCCAUGUCAGACGACUUCACUCUCCUCUCGGCAACGGGGCCUCAUCCUCCUGACACACAGGGGCCGCUCACUCCCUUGGCGCCGGGUACCCCGUCCGAGUCGGCCCAGCAGGCCAGAGAGCAGAGCUUCAGGACGGAGUUCAACCUCAUCUACACCUGCUCCCCGCUCAACGCUAACCUGGGCAACCCUGCCCCCGCUGCCCCCACUGACAGGCGCCUCAGCCAAUCAGAGGGCAGCUACUCCCCGGCCGAGUCCUUCUACAGCGCCGUGAAUGGCCAGGGGAUCCUGGCUGAGGCGGGGCCUGGCUCGCUGUCGCCCUACAGCGAGCCGCACUAUGGCGGUUGCUACCCGGACGGCGGUACGCCACCCCACCACACCAGCAACCCACCACAGAAGAAGAAGGCAAGUCCUCCAACUCUCUCAGCUUCUUCCUGCUUUUGUUUUUUCCCCCCCUCAAAAUUAUACUGUUAAUAAAGUUAAAUUCCCAAAUGGGGGUACGAUAAGUAGGUCCGUAGCGGUAGUAUGGAAGUAGUACCUACAUGCUUAUUGGUAUAAAGUCCCAAUUUUGAGUGGAGAGUGAUAUUGAGACUGUGGUAUGUGAAAACUUAAAGGAUACUCAGUCAUGUUGUGAUCUUCCCUUGCUUUGUGUUUUCUAUUCACUAUGUGUCAAAUAGAUCAAUCGUUCUCAGUGAAUCCACAUCGACAUAAUUAAAUCAAAAUAGACGUUGGGUAAUAAUUUUCCAAAACAUCUACAUGGUUUUUUAUUUUGACAAAUUGUUACAUUUAUCUUUUCUGUUGUCUGUCAGUUGGCCCCAUUGACUUUCAACUGUCUUUAGAAACGAAUAAUGCGGGACUUCUAGAAUGAUUUACACAUUUCUUUCUUUAUGUGUCUACUGUCUUUCAAACUGCAGCUAUUCCAACAGGUUGUGUGUUCUGUCUUUCCUACUGCAGCUAUUCCAACAGGUUGUGUGUUCUCUUUCCUACUACAGCUAGCCCAACAGGUUGUGUGUUCUGUCUUUCCUACUGCAGCUAUUCCAACAGGUUGUGUGUUCUCUUUCCUACUACAGCUAGCCCAACAGGUUGUGUGUUCUCUUUCCUACUGCAGCUAGCCCAACAGGUUGUGUGUUCUGUCUUUCCUACUACAGCUAUUCCAACAGGUUGUGUGUUCUGUCUUUCCUACUGCAGCUAUUCCAACAGGUUGUGUGUUCUGUCUUUCCUACUGCAGCUAUUCCAACAGGUUGUGUGUUCUGUAUUUCCUACUACAGCUAUUCCAACAGGUUGUGUGUUCUGUCUUUCCUACUACAGCUAUUCCAACAGGUUGUGUGUUCUGUCUUUCCUACUGCAGCUAGCCCAACAGGUUGUGUGUUCUGUCUUUCCUACUGCAGCUAUUCCAACAGGUUGUGUGUUCUCUUUCCUACUGCAGCUAUUCCAACAGGUUGUGUGUUCUGUCUUUCCUACUGCAGCUAGCACAACAGGUUGUGUGUUCUCUUUCCUACUGCAGCUAGCACAACAGGUUGUGUGUUCUCUUUCCUACUGCAGCUAGCCCAACAGGUUGUGUGUUCUCUUUCCUACUACAGCUAGCCCAACAGGUUGUGUGUUCUGUCUUUCCUACUGCAGCUAUUCCAACAGGUUGUGUGUUCUCUUUCCUACUACAGCUAGCCCAACAGGUUGUGUGUUCUGUCUUUCCUACUACAGCUAGCCCAACAGGUUGUGUGUUCUCUUUCCUACUACAGCUAGCCCAACAGGUUGUGUGUUCUGUCUUUCCUACUACAGCUAGCCCAACAGGUUGUGUGUUCUGUCUUUCCUACUGCAGCUAUUCCAACAGGUUGUGUGUUCUCUUUCCUACUACAGCUAGCCCAACAGGUUGUGUGUUCUGUCUUUCCUACUACAGCUAGCCCAACAGGUUGUGUGUUCUCUUUCCUACUACAGCUAGCCCAACAGGUUGUGUGUUCUGUCUUUCCUACUACAGCUAGCCCAACAGGUUGUGUGUUCUCUUUCCUACUACAGCUAGCCCAACAGGUUGUGUGUUCUGUCUUUCCUACUACAGCUAGCCCAACAGGUUGUGUGUUCUGUCUUUCCUACUGCAGCUAUUCCAACAGGUUGUGUGUUCUGUCUUUCCUACUACAGCUAUUCCAACAGGUUAUGUGUUCUGUCAACCCUCUCACUCCCCCAUGCUCCUCCUGAAACCUUUGCCAAGUCUUUCUUCCACUGUUUUUUCCAAGGCAGAGGGCCAUCCUGCAAACCGUUAGUCUGCUGACAGGACAGCCAGAUUACCAGGCUAUAGCAGUAAGACGUGAAUACAAGACAGUACAAAAUAUGGUGAAUAUUUCCAUACGACCAUUUAGAAGUGUGCAUGUAAAUAUUGUUUUGCAUUUGCAUACAAACUCCACCCCCGUCCCCCAAACCCCCCUUCUCCAAAAACGUACCAUGAGUAUCAUCUAUUUAUCUAAACAUCUCUAUAUCCGAAACAUGGUCACCCCAUCGGCUCGGAGCGCCGUACGACGAGGCUGAUGGUUCAUGAUAUCAUCUUCAGCCUGGCGAGGUUGGGCUAGGCCCUGCUGGCUUCACUGGCCAUUCGUCUACGGUCCAUCUCAUCCAUAGUUCUGUCCUCCUGUGCCUGCAUCCCCUUUCACCAGCCUUGACCCACGCCCAAGUCAGAUCAUACCAGCAGUAUGGCCAAUGCCCAUCUAAGACCCAUACUAGCAGCCCUUCAAGAGGCACCCCUAAGGGUCCAAGGACAAUCAGAAGGCCCAUAAAAUAAGCAUUUGGAGCCUGAGAAGCUGUUCUAAGGGCCCAAGCGGUAUCAAAAGGCUUUAACAAAUACAGUAGUCCUCAGAUCCCAAGACCCUAGUGCGUGGCCAUUCUUCAAGUCCUAAGGCCCUGAUGGCAACUCUAAGGGUCUAGGUGUCCCCCUACCCUUCUCUACGCCCUCUUUGGGUUCAGCUCGCCGCCCCCCGAUAGCCCUGAUAUCGGACUGUCUAUUCAGCCAGCCUGCUCCAUAUCUCUCACCCCACCCCCCUGUACCCUCCUUGAAUCUGCUGCCUUUGCCAUGACAUCAUUCCGCCGGACUGUUCUCUCUCAUUGUCGCUGAGUGUGGGUAUAUGUACCGGGCUGUUCUCUCUCAUUGUCGCUGAGUGUGGGUAUAUGUACCGGGCUGUUCUCUCUCUCAUUGUCUCUGAGUGUGGGUAUAUGUACCGGGCUGUUCUCUCUCAUUGUCUCUGAGUGUGGGUAUAUGUACCGGGCUGUUCUCUCUCAUUGUCUCUGAGUGUGGGUAUAUGUACCGGGCUGUUCUCUCUCAUUGUCUCUGAGUGUGGGUAUAUGUACCGGGCUGUUCUCUCUCAUUGUCUCUGAGUGUGGGUAUAUGUACCGGGCUGUUCUCUCUCAUUGUCUCUGAGUGUGGGUAUAUGUACCGGGCUGUUCUCUCUCAUUGUCUCUGAGUGUGGGUAUAUGUACCUUAGUGAGUGCUCUGUGGUUCUGUUUUUGUUGUGUUCCUUGUUUUCUGUUUUGUGUCUGACCUCGCAGUGGUUGCUUUGUGUGAUGUUUCAUUUGAUGAUGAUGACGACAAGUUGCCGGUGCUGAUGUUAGAUUUUGACCCGUUACUAACUAUCCAUAAAACAUAAAAAGGCUUCAAAAGGCAAACAGAAGGUUGGUGCCUGACAAAAAAACUGAACAUGUUUGCUUCCCGAUUCUGGUAAUGGCAUUGAUGACAAUACUCUGGUACAAAAAUCUAAUUUUGUUGGCAUUCAGCAGGGGUUUGUCCCAACACUGUAAGGACAGAGUGCUAAAGCUACACGGGAUUGUUUCGUUGUCUUUUGUCUUAUUGUCAAAGUCAACUCAUUCCAAUGACCAUCCCUCCCAAGGUAUUGUAUUUUUGCACUUACCAACGUCAGAUAACCACGUCAACAGAGGAUGACGUUGACCCAUCAUGGAACAAAAUAGAACUUCCAGGAUGGUAGACGUAUUCAAUCAUCGACCAGUGGUUGCUCUUCCAGUUAAGGGCUCUACACAGUCUAUGCAACGGAUCCGACGGAGAUUAGUUUGCGUUGUUCUCUACAGUACGUAAUUUUACGUACUUUUGUGCUGCUGAAUUUUUGGAACACCACUCAAACGGAGCUCGGUAGCUCCAUUUGCGUAGACUGUGAAAAUACUGUGGAGAGCCGUUUAGGGUUUGGGAACAUUUUGGAUGUUUGGUCUAUGGUCAAUCAGCUGGUAACAUUCAAGGUCGAGUCGUUUAAUAGUUGACAUGGUGCAUGACUUUGUCUGUCCAUACCGCUCUGGUGAAUGAUAACUGGUGUUUCAAUGCAACCAGUGGUAUUGUGUGACAUUGUGUGUGUGACCUCAUGGGACUAAGGCUGUACAUAUGGCUGACUUGGAGUGGUUAUUUUCCCUCGACUCCUCAACUCCUCAGGUGUCUCUGCUGGAGUACCGUAAGAGGAAGCAGGGGAGCAGCAAGGACCCCGAGCACGGGGGCAGCUCCCUGGGCACCCCCACCCGCCUCGGCUCCCCCGGAGGCCCCCGUUCCCUCCAUCUGCAGCCCCCGGCCUCCCCCCACAGCUCCUUCUCCUCCCCCCCCCAGAUGGAGGAGGUGAGCCCCCCAGAUAACCACCACCACACCACCGUCUCCCACGCUGUGGGACCACCAAAGCAACAGCAGCCCAGGGAUCAGGAGGGCACCAGCGACUGGUAAGACUAGACAUCGCUGCCACACCACAUUCUCUCACAGCACUUUGUUCCCUGUUUUCAGACAUAUCCACCUUUGCUGUCCCACCUUUUUUUAUGUUGUGUUGUGGGGUUGACUGGUGUUUGAGACUAUUUGCUUGGGAAGGUGGGACCAUUAGCAACCUGAGCCCCAUGCAGUGUCUCCAGACAUAGCCAGCUCAUCUGAACAUAAACCCCUUGUGUGAUUGAACGUACUGUACAUGACGGUGUUGGUGUUUUGCUUUGAUACAGGAUGGUGCCCACGACAGUAGAGCGGCUGAGGGAGGGCCAGGGCGUCUUGGAGCGGGUACUAAGGGGCUCCCUCAAGAUGGACCGCAUGCUGAAGAGGACAGACGGCUCGACUGCUGACAAGGACCCUGGUACUGCACUCGUUUUCACUACCAGUUUAUCGUUUUCACAUGAAUGUGGCAUAGUAGAAAGUUCAGACCAGAUGUCCUCCUGUCCCCAUUGUAGUCUGAAAUAUAGACGUCUAGGUGUGUUUAGGCUGAAGUCCAGGUUUGUCUUGUCUGAAAUGUAGAUAUCUAGCCUAAUUUGAAACACAGACGUUUGCCGAAUUCAGAGGUUCAGAGGUUUCAGGGAAUGCGCAUGCAUGUACCAUCUGUUCUCCUGUUACAUUUGAUUUUACAUUUGAGUCAUUUAGCAGACGCUCUUAUCCUGAGCGACUUACAGUUAGUGAGUGCAUACAUUUUUCAUGUAAGCGUGUGUCCUGUUGUGUUUAUCCCAGAUGCAGACCGGUAUGAGAUCCAGACAGUUCCCCUGGCCUCUCCCAUGAAGAGCCCACAGAGAUACAUCCCGUCAGUCUACACUCACCAGGUAUGGUGUCCUACGUCAUUUGUGAGAAUUUAGUGUUUCGUUUUGUCUGGGCUGAUUCUUGUUUUGUCUGGCCAGAGGUGUAAUCAUUACUCAAAAGAGUUGCAAAACGUUCUGUUUUGCAUCGGAAACGAGUGUUUCUGUUGGACAGGUUCAGCAAACCAGGAGAGACCUACCUGAAUCUGUCCAAUAGAAACGCUAUAUUUCGUUGCAAAAAAUAAUGUUUUGCAACUGUUUUGAGUAAUGAUUACACCCCUGGUUUUUGUUUUGUCUGGCCUGUUGUUUUUUUUGUUGGCACACUUGUGUUUGGAUGUUAAUUAGUUCUAGGUGUGUACUGGGUGUCAAGUUAAUUGUAAGUACUUUGUGUGUUUGUCGUUCUAAGGUGCAGCCCCCCUUAUCGGAGAGCCACCAGCAGACAGCGGACAGUCCGGCCUUCCUUCAGCAGAGUGCGUCCUCUCCAUUCCAUGGCUCCUACAGCCCCUCGGCCCCCCCUCCCUCAGGUCAGGGCUUCUACCCUCGCCUGUCCUCCCACCCCGCCCUAUCCCAAGACCACUCGCAGCAGCAUCCACAACAGCCCCUCAACUCCCCGUCCUCUUUUUCCAACCAAACCAUCUCUGCAGACUCAGCCCUGUGUGGGGCCUCCAGACCGCCAGGAGGCGCCCUGCACCAGCCGAGCAGCAGCAGCAGUAUGGAUGGGUCCCACGUGUACAGCGCCGGGAGCCAGCUAAAAGCCAGCCUCUUGAAUAGCGGGUUGUCAGGGUCUCCUACCCCUGGCUCCAGGGCUCACGGCAACCCUAAAACAGACUUGGGCGCCAGUGCAGCGGGGAACCACGCCUCCAGACUGAGCCAGCAGCUGGCGUCCCGGAGCCUGAAACCAGGCAGCCCCGGGCAGACGGUGCUGCAGGCCGGCUCCAGGCUCCUGGCGGCCAACGCCAGCCAACACUACCCGCAGCGCGGGGCACCACUCAGUCAGUUCCAGCACCCCCCCAUACAGGGGUCGGGAGUAAGGACACAGUCAGGAAGCUUUUAGGAUGUUGUGUUUGUGUGUGUGUUUUUGCGUGAGCGUAAGUGAAAUAGUGUACCUCCUCUCCUAAACCCUCUGGAGAAACUAGGCUUGGGGAUAUGUACAGACCUCAGAGGAGCGAAGACUCAGCUUCUUCUAAUUCUCCUUUCUUAUUUUCUGUCUUUCUUUUUGUGGAAAACAAUUUACUGCGUUCUGCGCCUAGCUAAUCGAGGAACUUCAACAUCCUCAAGGAAUCAAUGGAAAAAAAUUAAAUAAUAAAUGUUCAACAAAAAAGAGAAAUCAUUUGUAAUUUGAAAUUACCCUGACAUGAACAGACUGCGUAAAACAGGCUAAGGAGAUGGUGAAACUAAACCACGAGUAUCUGUACAGUGUUUUUGUUUUUGAAGAAAUGUACCUGUUGUUUUGGUACCUGGUUUGAUAAUGCUGAGAUGGCAGGUGUAACUCAGCAGAGAUUUUGUCGAGGUAACUUUUUGUUAUUUGGCCAGCAGCCGGGCCAGUCCUGCAAGUAUACAUGUGUUUAGUUUGGAAAGGGGAAACGAUACCAGCGAGAGCGUAUAUGUGUAUCAUCAGUUAUAAAGAUGCAGAGAGGGUGGCAGUCAAGAGCUCCCUAAAAAUCAUUCCGUAUGAUUUCUAACUUUUUGUGUAAAACAUUUUUCUGAAAACUCUUGAUCUGUAUUUUACUGUUUUUCUUCUGCUCUUUUUUUUCUUCCCCACUUGACUGUUUUGAUUUGAUGUAUUACUACUUCUCAGUAGAUUUGCUAUAAUGUACUUGAGUCAUACAGAUCUUGUAAUUCAUGGUGCUGCAGUUGUUUUCGUUUUAAGUUAUUUACAGUUAAAUCCAGUUAUGUUUCCCACAAAUCGGUUGAUUCAACUUGCCAUCUGUAAUUUGGAAUCAAACUUUUGCCAGAAAUACAUCCUAGUAAUCGUUAAAACCCUUGUAUUGUGCUGGAAUGCAGGGACAGAGUGAGAAGGAAGAAGCAGAAGAGGAUUUGUUUUCUUUACUCCGUUGUUGGGUUUGUCGUCUUUUGAAUCCUGUCGGAUUCUUUUUAUUAAAAUGUAUAUAGAGAAUAUAUUUUUUCUCUCCUUCUGACCAUUCCUUGCAUUCCAUAUGCCACCUAAGAAAACAGGAGGAU